CAUUAGUGCGGUAUAUUGUUGCGCCAGUGUUUACGUUCGUAAUAGCGAGAAACAUGGGGCUAAGAAGGUAUUCGAACAUAUGUGUGCUGAUCUUGUUAAUGUGUGCAAUCGCUGUAAUCGAGGUUCAGUCUGCGCCGAAAGGAAGCGGAGAAAAUAACAGCGGUUCUAAGCAACACCAUAGUCAUGAAAAGUCAAAAGAAAGUGGAGAACAUACUAGCAAUGAGAAGCAUAAGAAUACUAAUGAAAGUGAUGCCAGCAUUGGCGAUGAUAACAAUAAUAAUAUUGAUGAUGGUGAUGAUAAAAAUGAUGCCAGUCUUAAACCUGGCAAUGAUGAGAACGAAAAUGAUACCAGUAAUAGCAUUGAUGAUGAUGACAGUCUUAAAUCUGGCACUGAUGAAGACAAAAGUGAUUCCAGCGUUAACGAUGACGAUAAUAAAAGUGACAUUAGUAUUGACAUUAGUUUUUCCAAUGGCAAAAAUGAUACUAUUACAGGGAAAGAUAUCAAACACGAUAUUAUUCUUAUAACAAAUUGUAUCAUGCGUACAAGGGCCAUAGGAACUCUUAUAAUGCAUGUUACUCAGCUCACUAAACUGGUUUUCGUUUUCGUGCCCAUUUUAAGAACUCCAAUUAUAAAUUAUUUCAAUAGUCUUUGGGUAUUUCUAAUUACUGUGCUGAUACAAUUCAACUACUUCUUACAAGUAAUAACAAAUUGGGUGCCGCUUGUAAUUUAAGCGCAAUAUUCACAUGAAGAUUUAAGCUUCGAUUAUUUAAUUUUGUCAAAUUAUCAGAAUAUGUAAAUAUUAAAUAUUCGAGAGUAGAUAAGUAAAUAUUCGCUUAUAUUUAACAGCGUUAUAUUUUAAAUAUAUUAACACUGCACGAUAUGAAUUAACUGUAAUGAUAAAAAAUAUGAUGGCAAAUACAGAGGAUGCUAUUUAAAAUGUAAACUAUGAUAUUUAGAAAAUGUAUUUCCCGAAGUUUUGAAUGUAUAAUUUAAAAAAAAAAAAUUACUUUUAAGCGCAAUAAAUUAUUUGUUAUUAAAUAUAUGGAAUCACGAUUAUACGGAAGCUCGGCAGUAGUAAUAGAACAAUUUGGUCAGACAGCACGUAAAUCUUUGCAUUCAAGCAUUAAAAAAAAAUCUGUGAUCGGCCACAUGAAAUAGAUCUCUGUGAUGAAACAAGGGAAAAUUUUUUCCCCCGUCGAUGAAUUCGACGAUCGAAUUCGGUGCAAAAUAGAGCGAUUGUAAAUUUGGUUGAGUCAUGUAAAUAUAUUAUUCAUUAAAAGUAUCAUCGUUUAGCGAAAACCGAGUUUAGCUUACUACUUAAGGUGCAUGAAUUCGAAUAGCGCUUAUUUCAAUUUAAAAUUGCUAGUAUUUUUUAUAUAGUAAAACAUGUAAUUUUUAUAUGACUGCAUUUUUGUCCAAUAUAUUGAUGCACUGUAUUAUUUCAGAGCACUUUUAAUAAAAGUUAUUCGCAAUUAAAGAGCAAA